CUGCAUCAUCAAAUAGAUUUUCUUCAUUCUUAAAUGUUUGAUCAAUAGAUGACAUGACAAUGAAUAAUCAUGAAGUCGGAUUCUUCAAAAAAAUAUUUUCCAAGAUUUUAUUACGUAACCUCUAUGACGUUGGUUAAGAUCAGAAGUAUGCCAUUUCUAAAAAAAAAAAAAUAUUUGAAAAUGUGUGAAGAUGAAUAAAGGUUCAUUGGAUCGUACCCAUUUACAUUAUAAUAUGAGAAUUUACACCAGUAAAAUGGUUUCUCUUUCGUUUUCUCUUCUAGAAUGAUUUUACCAGUGUAAGGAUUUCAUUACCAAAUUCUAUCUAGCGAUUAAAAAAAUACCUUCUAUGAUUUUGUAAAAGCAAAGAGCGUGACCUUACAGCGAACGAUUAGUGAGUGUCAAUCCGGUGUAACUGACCUGCGUCCCCGCCUAUAAAAGAUGCCGCAACUACUUUCACUAUCUUCCAAACGACUCACCUAACUUAGCUUCACUUAAUAGAUUUGACUUAACUACAUUUGCAUAAAUUCCAACGUCAAGGAAGUCGUGUGUAUGUAUAUAUUUGAAAAGUAUAUAACAAAUAUUUUUGACAAAUAUCCAGAAGCUUCAAUUUCAUUCUCGUGUUUCUCCAACGUUAAUCAUGCCAAUGCAAGUGUACUCAUAUCAUUUAUAUGAUGCUGGACAUGAUCAUAAAUAACUGAAAUUUUAAGACGGCCAAGGCAGAUAUCACGAGACGAUAAUAUAACUCAUAAUGAUUCAGGGUUAUUUAUUGAUAAGUAAAGAAAUAAUAUCAUGUAUAAAAAAGAUGGUACGAUCUAAGGAGGCCAAUGCGAUCCGCAUGGCUCCAUACAACUCACCAAUUUCGUAAAGAAGAUCUGGACCUCGGUGAAGUAAUCACUCCUAAUUGCCUCUAGCCUUCAUGGAGCAUCGUGAAAGCAACCUUCUACCGGACGUUCACGCAAACUUUUUAUACAGGGUCGCAGGAUUUGCUGGAAAAAAUGAGUGAUUGCAGGGAAUAACUUAUAUGUGAUACGAACAGAAGAAAUUAGGGAAGGAAAUGAACUUAUUCUUAGUAUCAGUGAUGAUCAGAAAACACAGUAUUUAAAUCAAAAUUUCGAAACGAAUUCUUAUAAUUAUGGAUAUGAAACCGGUCCUGAUGGCCAAUUUCAUCAUGAGAUACACGGUUCGGAUGGAGUAACUUACGGAUGUUAUGGAUAUGUGGAUCCAUUUGGACAACUCAUGGCGACGUUCUAUGUCAGUGACGGAUGGGGCUACCGAGUUGUUCACCCAAGAGAAGAUGUUGAAAUUUUUCUCCACAAACACGAACAUCAUGAUGAAAAUGCAUCAUCACAUGAUCAUAAUGAUAAUAAUCAUGAUCAAGGUGAUAAUGACCACCAUGAGCACCACGGAAUCAUAACGCCGUGGAAUGAUUUAAAAUUCCCCUAUGAGUGUGGUCAAUUCGAGAAUGGCGCCACACGGCCUACAAAACCGGCUCCUCCUAGACCAGUGUCCAAACCCACCGGAUCAGGUGACAAUUCUGUUGGGUCGUCUGACCAACCUUCGCGACCCGGCGUUGGCAUACCAUCAAAACCAUCUAUACCCACGCAGCCGGCGUACCCCGGUAGUAACAUUCCUCCACAAUCACCACAAACUCCAGACUCCGCAGGAACAUCCGCUCGACCUAUUCCUUCUAGACCAAAUUAUCCUGAUUCAUCACAAGGUGGAUUACCCUCUCAAAGUGGGAAUAUACCUAUCCAAUCAGGAUAUCCAGGACAAAUACCAUUAAGACCGCCCGUUCAAACGGAACGUCCUCCAUUAGCAGAACCUUCGCCACCAUUAAGGCCUGAGAAACCAUCAAAGCCUGUGAAACCGGAAUUACCAAUUUCAGGAAAACCAGAAAAACCAUCUGGUCAUCCAGAAACCGGACAUCCAGCGUCUGUGAAACCUGGAAAACCAUCAUACCCAUCACAGCCAAGCUAUCCCGGACAACGUCCUGAACAACCUGGAUUUCCGAAUCAACAACAACCAAUAUCUCCAUCAAAACCAGGAGGUCCAACUCAACAACGACCAGAACAGCCAUCAUACCCGUCACAACCAAGCUACCCUGGACAGCAAAAACCAGAAAAGCCAUCAUACCCAUUACAACCAAGCUACCCUGGACAGCAAAAACCAGGAAAGCCAUCAUACCCAUCACAACCAAGCUACCCUGGACAGCAAAAACCAGGAAAGCCAUCAUACCCAUCACAACCAAGCUACCCCGGACAGCAUCCUGAGCAACCCGGAUUUCCAAGUCAACAACAACCAACAUCUCCUCCAAAACCAGAAGGUCCAACUCAACAACGACCAGAACAGCCAUCAUACCCAUCACAACCAAGCUACCCUGGACAACAAAAACCAGAAAAGCCAUCAUACCCAUCACAACCCAGUCACCCGAGUCAAGAGAGACCACAACAACCUUCAUAUCCAUCACAGCCGGGUUAUCCAGGCCAACAAAGACCACAGCAACCGUCAUAUCCAUCACAACCCAGUCAUCCGAAUCAAGAAAGACCACAGCAACCUUCAUAUCCAUCGCAACCGGAUCAUCCAGGCCAUCAGAGACCACAGCAACCAGAUUAUCCAGGUCAGCAAAGACCUGACAAACCAUCAUAUCCAUCACAACCUGAUCAUCCAGGUCAUCAAAGACCACAGCAACCAUCUCAACCCAGUUAUCCAAGUCAACAGCAACCAUCUCAACCCAGUUAUCCAAGUCAACAGCGACCAUCUCAACCCAGUUAUCCGAGUCAACAGCAACCCGAUCACCCAGUAAGCGCAUCACCUAAACCAGGGCAACCACCUCAGACAGCUUCACAUCAGCCACCAUAUCCAGGAUCGAAACCAUCGUUACAACCUGGAUUUCCAUCUCAACAACUUCCAGAAAAACCAGUUCAUCCUUCUUCGAAGCCAGGACGACCACCUCAACAAUAUCCACAACAACCGAUGUAUCCAUCGACACAGUACCCAGAAAAGCCAUCACAACCAAACUACCCAAAUCAGCUUCAUCCUGAUCAACAACAGCCACAUCCAGAAAAACCUCCUAUUUCAUCUGGAACGCCAUCACAUCCAACACAAGGGACACCAUCACACCCUUCUAUACAACCAGGACGACCAUCAAUUCCUAAUAUAAAUCAAUCAGUGAAACCUGGAAAACCAUCUGAAACGGAUAAUUCAGAGGCAGGUGGAUAUCCAACAUAUCCAUCAUUUCAACCAGAGCAUCCUUCACAUCAAAUACCACUAAAACCAUCACAUUUACCAUCCAAGCCAGAAAAACCUACCUCACCAGAUAACACAUAUCCUUCAUUGCAACCCGGAAGUUCACCACAAUCAGGACAACAGCCAUCUUCCGGAACUUCACCUUCAAAACCAGGAUAUCCUAGCGAACUUCCUGCACAGCAGCCAGGAUAUCCAUCGCAACCAUCAGUGCCAUCUCAACCAACUAGACCACCACAGCAACCGACGAACCCUGAACAUUCUAAUAAACCUGGUCAGCCACAGCAUCCAUCAUCUUCACCAAGUUCUUCUCAACCAGGCUAUCCAACACAACCCGGACAAUCAUCAUAUCCAUCGCAGUCAGGAUAUCCAAGUCAACAACAACCUCAGCAGCCAUCACACCCAUCGCAAUCUCAUCAUCCAAGUCAACAACGACCAGAACAGCCAUCAUACCCAUCACAACCAAGCUUCCCAGCUCAACAGCGACCAGAGCAACCAUCAUAUCCUUCAUCUCAAUUUCCAAAUCAGCAACACCCACAGAAACCAGGAAAACCAACUCAUCAACAUCCAGAACAACCACCUUUUCCUUCUCAGCCAAGUUAUCCAAGUCAACAACCACAAAAACCACUGAAUCCAUUGCAGCCAGGCAAUGAAGUUCAACAAAAACCAGAGCCACCAGUAUUCCCAUCACAACCAGGACGUCCAUCUCAACAACGUCCACAGAAGCCAUCACAUCCAGCUCAUCAACAUCCUUCACAACCAUCAUAUCCAGCUUAUCAACCAGGAUAUCCUUCGUCACAACCAAGUUAUCCUGGUCAAGGACCAUCAUAUCCUUCAUCUCAACCAGGCUACCCUGGACAAGGAUCAUCAUAUCCUUCUUCUCAACCAGGUUACCCUGGACAAGGAUCAUCAUAUCCUUCUUCUCAACCAGGUUACCCUGGACAAGGAUCAUCAUAUCCUUCGUCACAACCAAGUUAUCCUGGUCAAGGACCAUCAUAUCCUUCAUCUCAACCAGGAUAUCCUUCUCAACAAUAUCCAGAGAAACCCUCUUACCCAAGUCAGCAGUUUCCAUCUCAACCUGACAAACCGUUACAUCCUACAACUCAUCCUGGAUAUCCAUCUUCUUUGCAACCAGAUCAUCCUAAUGCAGGAUCACAGCAACCAACACAUCCAUCGCCUACAAAACCUGGAAAACCAGAAAAGCCAUCGCGUCCUUCUAAACCAGGACAUCCAUCUUCUAAACCAGGCAAACCACAAUCACCGUCACAUCCAACCACGGAACCUGAAAAACCAGUUCGUCCAACUCACCCUGGACGUCCAUCACAUUCAAAGCCACACAAACCAGCGCAUUCGAAGCCAACGAAGCAUCCAAGACCUGGUCACGGAACAUCUAAACCUGGGAAACCAAAUCAUUCUUCAUCAUCACCAGGAUAUCCAACUUCUCCAGGAUCUGAGUCUCAUCAUCAAUCAUCCCAGCCUGAGUCUCCUACACAUCAAAGACCAGGAAUACCAUCGUAUCCUUUACAACCUGGUUAUCCACCAGCUUCUACACCAGAAAACUAUCCGCAAGGAGGUUCUACGUCAUCACAUCCAUCAAGGCCUAUGCAGGAAGGGCCUUCAAUUCCAAAUAAAACGCAACAAUCAGAUUGUUCGAGUUCAUCAAAUUCCUGCGGAUAUCCGCAAUCACCAUCAACAGGAUAUCCAAGCACGUCGAACAAUUACCCCGGAAAUAAUGGAAAUCAAGGAUAUCCAGGAUCUCCAGGUUCAUAUUAUCCAGGAUCUUCGGGCUCAUACUAUCCUGGAUCUAGCUCUUCAGGAUAUCCUGGAAAACCAAGUGAGUCACAAUCAUCAUAUCCUGCUUACCCUAAUUAUCCUGGAUAUGGUCAAUCCCCUCAAAAUCAUAUAAAACCUACGGAUUCAUCCGUUGGCUAUCCAAAUAUUCCACAUAGCCCAGAAGGUCCCGGAAGUCCAGGAACAGACGGUCCAGGUGGCCCAGGAAGACCAGGAACAGACGGUCCGGGUGGCCCAGGAGGUCCAGGAAGGCCAGGGCCAGAUGGUCCAGGAGGUCUAGGUGGUCCAGGAAGACCAGGGCCAGAUGGUCCAGGAGGUCCAGGUGGUCCAGGAGGUCCAGGUGGUCCAGGAAGACCAGGGCCUGAUGGGCCAGGAGGUCCAGGAGGUCCGAUUGGUGGAAUAGGUCCUAUAGGAGAUGUAGGUGGAGACGGUGGAAUUGGUGGAGAUGGUGGAGUGGGUCCUGCUGGACCUGACGGUCCUUGGCCAACAGGAUCUCCUGGUCCUGAUGGUCCUUGGCCUGGUGAUCCAGCUUAUAACCCCGGAAAUCAACAGAAAACUUUGCAAUCAUAUGCAGAAUCACCCAUAAAUUUCGAACCUGUGAUAAACUACAAAGUGCAACACUAUCAAAAGUUAUUAGAUAGUCAUACUAUACAAGAAAACUUGGAUACUACAGCAUUUGGUUAUAGACAGCUGAAAAAUGAGCAUAGCAAACCGCUUCGACCUUCACCAUUUAGUUUGUCAGAAAACUCACGAACUUCUGAGAACACUUUUAAUAAUUACGAAGAAAAUAGUCGACGAACUCAAUUGAAUCAAUAUAACGCUUUCCAACGUUCUUCAAUGACUGAUAUAUUAAGUACUGAAGAUGAAAAAAAUGAAGAGAACCUCAAAAUUCAUAAUAUCGAAAAAGUAAGCAAAAGUUUAUCACACCAAGACGAACCAAGCAUCCCUUACCAUGAUUAUAUUCACCAAGUAUCUCAGUAUGAUGAAAAGUAUGAAAAUUUAAAAUCAGAAUCUCAAUCAAGAUCAAAAGAACUAGUAACUCGUCAAAAACAAGACUCAUCAGUAGAAUUACAGAGACUACCUCAAGAAAUUAAAGAUCCUUUUCCAGGAUAUAAUCAUGCUAAUGCACUCCGUGAGAAAUCAAUUCCCAAAGUUGUGGAGCAUCGAAUGGAUUCAACAAAUCAAGUAAAAAUUAAGCCAAUUUCAUUACCUGUUGGUCCAAAUCCUGAGCUGUGUCCUUGUUAUAUAGUUGAAUCAAAAAAUUCUACAACUUACACUCCAACUACAACAACAACCGAAAGCAUCAUACCAGAGGAUACAAAGUCUUCACCAGUGUAUGGCCAACUAGGGUUUAUUCCAGUAAUUUUUGUCCCCUAUUGUCCUGGUGAUGAAACUCUUGAUGGAGAUAUGGCACGAGACAUGUUCCCAUCAGCAACACCAGUUCCUUAUCCUUGUGGUACUUGUAAUAACCAACAAAAUCACAAUAUUCUUGGUGGAAAAAUCUUGGAUUUAAGCCAGCUCAGUAACAUUAGAGCUAUUAAGCACGUACUAAGUGAAGCCAACUUGGGUUUUCUGAAUGUUCCAGUCACUGACGUUAGAAAUGGUCGUUUAUAUUCACAUCGACAAAAAGUCAAAAGAAAAAAAGAUAAUAGAAGGAAAUAAGCUAAUAUAAUAAUGAUACUUCAUUCAUGUUUUUGUAAUUUAAAUUAAUAGAGAUAUGAUCGAGCUAUCGUAAGUAAGCCACGGAACAGUUGUGAUCUAAUUAAGAGACACUUUGAAGCAUAAUGUCAUGAACAGAUGAUCCUCAAUCCCUCAAUACAAGUUGCCACAGUCACUCUUGUUUCUUUUCAUAACAUGAACAUCUCGACACAUAAAUGAUACUCAACAUGAUCGAAGAUAGAAAUUUUAGUUGUUGACACGGCUGACUGAUAAACGACAAUGUUGAAGAAUGUUCAAUAUAAUUAUGUCAUUUUUUUAUACGUUUACACUUAUGAUUAGUUUUUAGUUACCAUUCUUGGAUGACUUCAUUGAGAUUAUUAAUAACCUAAGGUCCACUUUAUUAUUUUCAAUAUUUUUAAAUGACUAAUACUCUUUUCUAGUAAUAAAUAAAAUGUACAAAACUGUGCAUGUGAAUUAUAAAGUAUAAACAUAAGU